AUGGUGCUUUCGGGCACCGGGUGCCAUCAGGUGACCGCCAGCGCACCUUUCACUUACAAGGCGCUGCCGUCGCACUGCGCUCAGGAGGACCCCAGCCAGGAUCCGGAGGAGGAUGCACUCCGGGAGGCCGACGAGCUGCUGGCCGUGACCCGCCGCCCGAAGCUGCUCUGGUGUGGGGCCUCUGCCGCGGGGGCCUGCGCGCUCCUCGCCGCGGCCGCCGCCGUUCGCUGGAGCGCGGCGGGCCCCGCCCACCUGCGCAGGGUGCCCGUCGCCGUGCUGGCCGCGCUGGGGGAGUUGGCGCUGGAGCUGCAGGCGAACGCGUCGCCGGUGGAGGCGGGCUCUGCGGUGCGCCCUCGCGCGCUCGACGAGUGGAGCUGCAGGGCGCGGUUGCGGCGGCUGCAGGAGGUGGCCGCGCAGAGGCUGGAGUAG